AUGGCGCGUGGCCCUGAACUAGACGUCUAUACGCGUGAGCGUAUCUGCGAGCUCAAAUUCACGAAUAAAUGGGGUGGCCGACGCAUCAAAAAAUAUCGCUUUCCUGAUAUUCCACUAUCAACAAUCCACUAUACCCUUCGAAUGGAAUCGAAGCGGCGAAAUAGCGCUAGUUUAUAUCGUUCUGGCCAACCACGCAAGCUUACCGAAGAGGACCGAGAUCGUGUGUAUGAUGCUAUUCAGUCGAAUCCCUCUAUUACGCGCGAGGAUCUACUAAGUGUGGUUGAUUAUAAGGUCCACGCGACGUCGAUCUGGCGACUAACGCAUCAAAUGGGUCUUCGGAAAUGGCGAAAGAUGAAACGGCCUUACCUUACCCCUAUCCACGCUGCGAAGCGUCUUCAAUGGGCCCUUACCUAUCGCCACUUUACACCGGAGGAUUGGAAAAGGGUUUUCUGGUCGGAUGAGACUACGAUUGAGCGUGGAUGCGGCGCACGAAAGGAAUGGAGCUUCGUUCCUCCUUGGAAGCAGCUUCAAGAGCGGCAAGAUGGCGUCCAGGUGACACUUUCAAAGGGGAAACAGAUUAAGCAGAUGUUUUGGGCCUGUUUCGCUGGCUCACCACGCAAGACUGGCCUUAUUCCGCUAUCCGGCGAUCCAAAUGCAGAUAAAAAGGGUAUCACUAAGGAGGUUAUCCACGAUCUUUACCAAAGAAUACUCCCUACCUUAUUGGAUAACGAGGAUGCGAUAUUCCAACACGAUAACGCGCCUACACACACUGCCAGAAUCAUCCAGGCCUUACUUAUCCAGCUUAAUAUUACUGUGAUGGAAUGGCCCCCCUAUUCGCCUGAUCUCAAUCCAAUUGAGAACCUCUGGGCGCUUCUUAAAGCCGAUAUACUAAGGAUUCGACCUGAUCUACCGGAGACGAUGCCACACCGUGUAGAGGAGGUUAUCAAGUACGAAGGCUGGCACACUAGUUAUUAA